AUUCGAAUAAUAAUUAUGAUUUACCUGGGCUUUUUCUUAUGUGGCGGAAACGGGCUUCCAUAGGGAUAUGAGUCCUUUUUAAUGUUAGAUUUACAAGCCAGUGCACAAUCAAUUUCUUUUUUUUUCAAAUAAUCAAAAUACAUCAGUCGUGAAUUAACAAAUAACUAAUAACAGGGGAUAUACGGACAUUUCGACACUUUAGAGACAACAUUUUAAAAUCAAAUAUAUGCCUUACAACAGAUUUAAGAACGUUUAAUGUUAGAGCCUUUGAAUGUACAGGUUUUGCCAAAUUCACCUUAAGUCCGCUAGAGGGCACCACAGCUUCACAUUUCUAUGUGUGUAACUUUAUUUUGUUUCCCCCCACACAUUGGUUCCGGAUGUAAUCAGUCCUACAAGCUGUCAAUAUGUCAGGCUUUAAGAAGCCGCGAUCUGUGGCCAAUCCACUCGAAUCGACCAUUACAACACCGAGCGAAAGAAUCCUUAAAGAAUGCCACAACUUAUAUAUCGACAACGAGAACGGAUUAGUGAAAAUAGCAGAGAGUUUGGGAGUCCAUCUCUUACCUCCUCGGAAAAAGAUUAUAGUUAUGAUUAUGGGAAACCAUUCGGCCGGGAAAAGCUCCUUUAUUAACUGGUAUGUGGAGGAGCACAUACAGAAGACAGGUGUUGCCAUAGAGACACAAGGCUUCACAUUUAUUACCAGUGGCAGGAAACGAGAGUCGCUAACCGGAAAUGCCACGUUACACCUUUAUCCACAUUUCAGACCACUGCUGGAGUUCAAAGGUGUGACGGACUACUUGAGCGCUGAGAUUUCCACCUCCAAACAAAAGAAGUUCAGCUUGGUGACGUUCGUCGACACGCCAGGUUUGGUGGAUGGAGAUAUGGUGUACCCGUUUGACGUCAACAGUGCCAUCACUUCUUUCGGCGAGCAGGCGGACCUCAUCUUUGUGUUUUUCGAUCCGAUGGGCCAGGCGUUGUGCAAGCGUACGCUGAACAUUGUUGAGAAGCUCAGUGAAAAGUGUGGAGACAAAUUGCGCUUUUACUUGAGCAAAGCUGAUGAGGCAGGACGAGAAACAGACAGACAGCGAGUGAUGAUGCAGAUCGUUCAAGAGCUGUGCAGAAGACCUGGACUCAACAAAUGUGGCUUUGAAAUGCCCACCAUAUACAUCCCCAACCCUCAAAAACCCAGCAGGUGUAUCAACCAGAUUGAUGAAGUGUGUGAGACCAUUGAGAAGAGCAUAAACCAGGCAGUGCAGAAAACACUGGACCAGCUGGAGAAAGACUGUAACCUCAUUAUCGCUACCACCAUUAAUAAACUGGAACAGGAUCGGGUAAAUGCAAGCUGUAAUAAAAGCAAUCGCUUUAAUUCCUUCCUGUGCGGACUUCUGGGAAUCUUCCUCCCAUCACUCCUCAUCCUCAGCUUCAUCGUCAACACUUUCGCUCCAGAGGAGCUGGACCCUCUCGUAGGCGAGGGACUCGCCAAAACACUCUUCUUAUCUACAGGAAUAGUUGUGUAUCUGUGGGAGUGGAUCCCGGAAGAUUGGCAGAUAUUGUUUGUGGUCAUCUUCGGCGCUUUCUGCUACCUUUUAUUCUUUCUGGCCAAGUAUUUUGCACGCCAAAGCAACAAGACGCUGACUAAGAAAGAGAAGAAGAAGCUGAUAGAGUACAGUGAUUAUAUCCAAGAUGGCGUCAAAGCCAAAAAGCGGAAACUUUACGAAGAGUAUCUUCAACAAUGUGCGGCAGAAUACGAUUUCUGAAGACAUCCGGCAAGUCGUCUCUUUGUCGUAUCAGAACAGUACAAAUUAUUUAUAUGAAGCACGUCCUUACAUUACAGAUAUUGAUGAAGUUUCAUGUGUGUCUAUGCAUUAAGUGAAUAAUAAGACAAGCCAGUGCCUUUUUUGUGAAUAGUUUAUUUAAAGUGAACAAUUUUAAAUGUGAUAGACAAAAUGACCUCAAUAUUAUCUCACACCAGCUAGUUUUAUCUAUAGUAUUUUUAAGAAAUCAGACCUAUGCCUGUUUACAGUCAAUAAGCUGAAUCACUAUAUUAUUAUUAUUAUUAUUAUUAUUAUUAUUAAGUUUAGAAGUUUUUGAUGAUCCUGAUUAGAGAUGCACUGAUAUUAAAUGAUAUUAAAAUAUUAUUUUCCACUGAUACCAAUAGCUGAUUAUUCAAACUGAUAUCUGCCGAUACCGAUAGUUUGGGGGUUAUAUUAACUAAAUUCUGAAGAUAAAAAUUGUUAUUUUUUUCAUAUAAUAACCAUUACAUGAACAUGUUUCUUUACAUUUUCUAUACACAGUGCUCCAAUUCAUUGCAUUUUCCUUUUCUCUUUUGAUUGACAGGAUAUACCGGCCAUGACUAUCAGCUCUUAUAGCAGAUAGUGUGAAAAUUAACUUCCGAUACCGAUUAUUGGCCGAUAUAUAAUUGCAUCGCUAAUCUUGAUACAUAAUUUAUGUGGCCUUAUUUUACUCUAUAUGUUGUAGCACUGUAAACCAAACCAAAAGUUAAACACACCAUGCAAACUUAACCGCACAAACUUUCUAAUGUUGGUUUGUUUAAGUGUUUACAAUGUAAGGGCCCUAUCAUACACCCGGCGCAAGGUGUGACGCAAGUGUUUUUUACUAGCUCGUUGCCAUUAUCAUUUUCAAGCGUAGUGCCACGUUAUUUGUAUAGCAAAUGCAUUUGCGCCCAUUUGUGCGCGCCCAUGGGAGUUCCGGAUCAGAAAACGAAAUGUGUUUAGGUGCAUUGUUAGGGUGUUAUUAUUUUGAGGAAACUAAAAUAGACUACGCCACUGACCAACUAAAACCUGGUCUAAAGUCAAUGGUGCAAUAUUUUGUUGUUAAUUAAAGAUCGCAUUAGUAAUAUGCGCCUAUAAACAGAACAACAAUGCGCAUACACUUUGCUUAAUAUACACACAUGGAUGCGCAGAAGCACACAAACAUUUUUAAAUAUGAAAAAAUGAAGGAAUAAAAUGUAAAAGAUUAUUAUUGAGUCUCUUGAACAUAAAUGAGGAAAGAUUACAGGAUUUUAAAAGGCGUGAAGAGCUGCUUAACCUGUAGCCUGGAAAGCUGAUUUGUUUUUUUUUUUUGUGAAAAUAUUGCAUUUACUUUGAAAUGUUUUUAAAUGCUACCCCACAGAUUUAUUGUAUAUGAUGACUUCGUACUUUUGAUAUUGUGAGGAAAAAAACACAAUUUUUUUAAGUAAUGCUUUUCAAAACACGGCACUGUCCGAAUGCUGAAACACCUCUCCAUGCGUUUGUAAAUUCUUUAUCUCCUGUUUGUUACAAAUAUAAAGUAUUUAACUUAUGCAAACCUUUUUUGACAUAUUUACAGUGAUGACGCAUCAUACUUUAUCAGCUUAUUAUAUUUAAUACUCCAUGACUGAAAUAAUGACUUUAAAGAGAACCAAAGCUUUAAUUACACAAAUAACCAUUUCAAUAAAUAAAACAAUGCAUUUUUUUAACAUCAGUCAUAAACUGGUGGUCUUCUUCCUCUGCUUCAAAUUUUUCUGCUCACAAUCGCUGUCUUUUAAAUACGAAAUCGGCAUGGCCCGAGCGCAACUGCCUUUUAAAGAGGAGGAGGGAUGAGACUUUUAUUGGUUUACAUCACAUUACGCCCAGAACCCACCCAAAACUCCUUCCUUACGAGAAUAGGAACCCUUUUAGACUGUGUGCCAGGCGCACAAACCAUUUUUCCCGUCGUUAACCUAGCAAAAGUGGAUUUGGACACGCUUUAAGUGCACUUGCACCGUGCGCUUUAGACCAUGCGCUAAGAUUGUUAAAAUAGGGCCCUAAAAGUGACAUUUCUACAUUUUUGUUAGCUAAUAUGUUAUUUGUUGUUCUGCUGGCUAAGCACUGUAGUGUGACUUUAUAUCAAACUCAUCAUGAAGUCUUCCUUCAUUCAUAUGUUUGUGUAUUUGUUGUCGAUGUGUGAUUGUAGAAAGAUUGUUUGUUUUGUGUGACAGCAAUCUGAAAUGAUACCGACUGCAAUGAUCAUUUCAAAUCUUUUACUUUUAAAAUUUUAUUAUUUUGAACUUGCAUCAUCUGUGACACAUUUUGGAAAAUCACAGUUUUUUGUAUCGUCCAUUUAUAAUGCAUACAGACUGGGGUUCAGGGCACUGAUUUAGUUUUUUAUUGUCAGUGAAAUUUUAUUUAAUGUUGUUUGAAGAAACAGUAGCACUUCUCUGCUUUUAGGAAAAAUAAAUAGAUUUACAUCAGUGUUUUUAUUAGUAUUAUUAAUAAUUCUCAGCCAUUUUUAAUCUAAUGCUUUAAAAUGUUUGUACUGUGAAGUCUUUAAGCAAUGCUGUCUUUAAGAGAUAUGUAUGUUGUUUUAAAAAUCUCAACUUCAAUCUAAACUUUGUAUGCAGCGGUCUUAUAAUAUUGCAAAGAAAAUUGUAUGCUGGCAUUAAAAGUUUGAAAAAAAACACGGCAAUAAAAUGUUAUAGCAACAAAUUUAUUCAUUGUUUUAUUCCACCACAAUGUGUCCCAUAUGACUGAAACCUCCAAUCCCUGAGUUAGUACCAAAGAAAGACUGUAGGAGGUCAGAGCUACCAGAAAAACAUUCAACAUUAUUGCGUUCGAUCUAAAAAUACAAUCAAUCAAUUGGUUAUCAAUAAAUCAUUUUAUGA